GCGAAACAGCCCAGGACUGCCAGGACUGCAGGACUGUCGGCCCAGCCUUUGUUUUUGGUCGCAUCCAUCAACAGACAAAACCUGGUUGCAACCGCUUCCGCCCAUUAAACUCAUUCCACGACCUCCACCCAGCAGACGCGAACAGACCACACGGAUCCAUUCACAACAAAAGGCCGACAAGGCGGAACAAGCAGGCCCAGGUUCCUCCUUCCGCAUCCCCUGCCAGUCGCGUCAGCGGUGUACUGUAAUCCCAUUGAGUCGCUCGUUGAUGCGGCACCUGCAUAAACUGCCCACAGCCGAAUGAGCUCGGUUCCCAUCAAAUGUCGAUUCCUGCUCCGCACACGCUCUACUGCAUCCAAGCACCUACCCGACCACAAACACCAUCGCGAGCGAACGCUGCCGCCUGAAAUCGAUCACGAUGAUGGCCACUCCGAAGGGCACGGGCUUCUCCCGCAAUAGGCGCGUCACAACAUACAGCAAGGCCUUUGGGCGAAGGUCGCGGCCGGAGGAAAAGGGGAAGGAUGGACGCAGUGUCACUGCCCCGCUCGAAUCCAGCAGCGUUUGGGACUUCCAUGACGACGACGAGAUUAGCAGCCCGGUCGUCACGUUGGCCAAGUCCUCCAAGUCAAAACAGUAUGGGAUCAGCCGCAAGUUGGAUCAACACAAGGCACGCCGCGCUGCUGAGCCGGCCCCGAGACCAGCGCCCGUCGCGAAGGCAAAGGUCUUGCCUGAUCCAAAGAGGAGGAGGACGUCGCCCAGCCAGGGGGAGUCUCGAGGCUUUCGCGCGCGCGCUUACUCGACGCCGCCGUCGCCGCCUCCAUCCCUCCCAUCACCACCCCAUGAGGCUAUGCCGCCACCAAAAACUGUGCCCAAAACAUCAAAACCACCAAGAUCAAUCUUGCGGGUCUCUUCAGCUGGCUCGACGAAAACGGCAACAAAGGAGACGGCAAUCAAAGACGCCCCUGCCCCUGCCAGAAGUGCACCCGCACCUUUUUCGCCAGCGAUCCCCAAGAACCUCAAGACUUUGAAUAUCAACAGAAUCAGGAAGGAGCCCGUGCAGACGCAAACGCAGAUCCCCUUUCGCCCAGGACAAAUCCCGCGCAGUUUCUCAGGAAGUCGCCAAGAAAAGCCAUCAACUUCCAAAAUGCCGGCCCCCACUAUUGGUGACUCACAGCGCCAGCACGGGUCUGGUACGCGAAAGCGAAAGAGGCUGAUCGAUGAGCUGGCGGCUCAGGCGGAUGACAGCUCGGACGAGGGCGACGAUACCAUUGAUUUGACUCAAGACUCGCGCCAGACCCCAGAGCCACAGGAUCUGCCGACUUUCCCGAGUACGCCUGAGCCAAAGAUUCCCAAGGGCUUUGGGCGUCCAGAGUCUGCAAAGAAGAGAUCGGGGCCAAAAGUGACCUACAGUGCCCGGAGAACGCUUCUUGCGGAAGGUAGUUCAGUCGGUGGUUUGGAGACUGUGGACGAGGAUGCAUGGCUAAAAGAGCCUCUCCUUCCCACUGCUGGGUCCCAGUUUGAUAUGGAUGACGAUGAUGACGACGAACCUUUCACCAAGGGUGCCGUGCGUAGCAUACACGAGCUCAGGCAGGCCGGCGCGAACAGCAGGUUUGCAGACGAAAUCGAAGACUUGCUUACGCGGAUUGGUCGACCAAGCGGCAAGACCACUACCGGCAGACGAAAUGCCCUGGUGGAACUCUCCCAGAAGUUGUCAGACAAGAGCUUUGUGCGCAAGUUUCGCGACCACAACGGUGACAGAAGCCUGUUUGAGCAGGUCGGAAAAGAGACAGACAUCAUUGCAGGUUAUGCGCUUGUGGCUAUCUUGACGACACUGCUCGCAUCAACAGCGUCAACGCACAUCAUGAGCCAGCUCCAAGGCCAGGGCUUCUCGUUGCUUCUCAGACGGCUCCUCGCCAUCCCGCAGGACAUUCAACCGAUUUCUAAGGACAGGGCCAACAACCUAUCGAGGAAUGGACAGCAAGCCAUGUCGAAGCUGAAGGCAUCCCUUCUCAUCCUCCCGAUCUGGGAACCGACCACACCUUUCAUGCUGUCGCCCAGAAGGUUGGCUCUCAAGGCGUUGGAACUUGUUGUUAAGCACUCUGGGCCGGUCGAGGGCGAACUCUUCUCUCCCGAAGUGACAGACCAACUAUUCUCGCUGCUGGCCGAUGCUGAGCCCGACGCUUGGAAGUACCCGCGCACAGAUGAAUCCAUAGACUUCCAUCUGGCACUUUCUCUGUUGGAGUCCUACUCAGUUCAGGCCAUGCAGACGGAGUCCAAGGACAGGUGGACUUUCAAGCACCUCCCGAUCAUUGCGGACACGCUCGGCACUACGCUCCGUCGUGGAAAUGGCCGUCUUGGUGAGGUUGGUCUCCUUGUUCUGAAGCUGACCCUCAACACCGCAAACAACAAUCACGAUGCUGCGACUGCAUUCAUAGAGAAGGGAACGGUGCACACGCUCGCCAACGCGCUGUGUGACACCUUCCAGACGGCGACUGCCGCGAUUGAGGAUACGGAUCUCUUCAACAGCCACCUCGAGUCACUACUGCUGAUGUUAGGCGUCAUGAUAAACUUCUCCGAGCACGACCGUAACACAGGUGGAGCUCUUCUGAAUGCCCAAGACGACAACCAGGCCCCACUUGACAGGCUUAUCCGGCUCUUCCUUAAUCACCAUGCAGCCACAUCCGAGGCGGACUCGGUGGAGAAGAGCCAGCUGAACGUUGCCUUCGGGUACCUGUCUCUGCUGCUUGGGUACAUGUCCCUGUACGAACCAGUGCGCAAGCGUUUCAGCUCUAUGCACAAAGCAGGAAACCUUGCGCCCUUGUUGGUGUCGAUACGCGAGUUUAUUGCAUAUCACCGCAUGACAGACGACGCGAUCGCACAGGCCGGUGAUGGCCAGGCACCACUGUAUUCGAGCUUCACCACGAAGCUGCAGGGCCUCGUGGAGCGACUGGAGAGCUAUGCAUGAGUGAGGCUGAAGGAGGGAUACUUAUGCGAACACUGGGCUUUGCAGGCCCAAUGUGUCAUUGAGUAUCUUUGUAGGUUAGGAUGGGGAGGUUUUCCGGCAACAAUGCCUAAAGGCAUUGUGACCUGACCUUCACCUAACCGGAAUGCAAUUUUGGUGGAGUGGGCUUGUUGAAUUGAAAGAAUAAUACCCCGUUGGAGGAUCAGGAGGCCGUUCAGUAGAUUAAGAGGUGUUGGUCGCUGGAGCGGUGUACGAUGUCACGAUGUUUAUGAUACACAGAAAAAUGGUCUCUGGAUAGCCAGGGACACCGUUGAUUGAUAGAACACCAGAAUAUACACCCAGAGCCAGACAUAGGCUAUGACUAAGAGCGUGGGGGGUUCACUACAUGUCUGCAUGUUUGGAUCAUGUAGUUUCUGACUGUUGAAAGUGAUAGUCCAGACGUGGUCUUGACUUGAAUAAGUUGUAGUGGCAAAAGUUGCAUAUAUAUGCGGGUACCGUAAGAAUGCUCACAUCCCGUGGAGGUGCAG